AACAAAAUUUAAAGCAAAUUGUUAUAAACUUUUUAAAACUGAUGAUGCUUAUAAAGCAUUUAAAAAAGAAGUUGUAGGCCUAUGUUUUACAACAGUUGAAGAGCAAAUUUCACAAUCUUUAAAUUCAGUCAAAAAAGCUGCAGAUAAAGCUUAUACAUCAGAAAAAGUAGAGUUGUAUAUUCAGACAUUAAUGAAGAAUUCAAAAAUGUGA